UACUAGCGCCACCUAGUAUGAACGUGAAAUAAGACGACAAAUGUGGAGAAUUGUUUAUGUGCGAUUUAUUAUUUAUAUUACGUAUUUGGAAAUUGUAUACAGUACAUAAGAACAGUAUGUUUAAUGCUUUGAUAUUUUUAUAUUAUGUUCGUUUGAAAUCAAUGUGAAAUAGUUCUUCAUGUAGGAUACAUUUUUAUAAACUGUUCAAUUUAUUUUAAAGCGGAAUGAUUUUAUAACAAUAUUAUAUCAAAUAUUUAUAGAAAUGGCAGAUCAAAAUUCAUUUGAAGAUCAAUUCAAUAAUACUAUAUCUUUUACUACAAGUGAUAUUGAUGCCGAAUCUCCUAUAUCACAAUUAAAGAUGGCAUUGGAGAGUGCAAAUCCAACGUUUGAGAUAGAGGAAUGGCAGCAAUUGUUAGAGAAAUCUUGGUCUACUUGUAAGAGAGAGUUAUUAGAGGAGAAUUUCUUCAGUCUAAUUUUACCUAUGGUUCAUUCUCUCCUAUGUCGAAUUUUAAAACAAAUUGAUAUACUUUUGACAAAUACUAAAGUAUCCAAUAUUUUGAAUAAUAUAAAAGAUAAAUUACUUAAUUGCGAAGGUAUAUUGCAUUUUUAUCAAAAAUCUGUGGAAUAUGUAUCUAGCUUUGGGAAGGUUUCCAUUGAAUAUGUUAAAUCGCUACCUGAUAUUUUACCGUCUUCUAUAAAACUAGUUUUUGAACAUUGCAAGACAAGUUCACAUAUUUAUGGAAAAAUUUUCAAAGAUUUAUCGAAGGAAUUAAUGAGUCUUUUCCGAAAAGCAAGUGGAAUUCUUAAAAUAUUUUUGACUAUUUUAGAAGAUGUCAUUAUUUAUGAUGUGAAUAUAGAAUCUGAGAUGGCAUCAUUAUUAAACGUAACAAAAUUACUUGGUGCUAUUGCUGCAAGUUCACAUGGUCUAGAUUUAAAAACUUUUGUGGGAACAACAACAUCUUUUGCUAAAUUAGCUAUAACUUAUUGCAGUGAUAUCAAAACAACAUCUCCAGAAAACGUUAUUACAUCAUUUCAACAAAUUACAAAGGAAACCAAUAUUUUAUAUUCCACAAUUUUGGAUCCAAACAGUAAAAACGAAGAAAGGACAUUAAAAGGUGCUAGUAUAAUUUUAAAUAUCAUUACUAAAUUGACUUCAGCUUACUGUAAAUAUUUAAGUAAUGAUAUUCUCUUUACAUUGGUUGAACUUCUAUUGCACCUACAUAAGUAUACUGCUUUCUUAAUGGACAGUAUAGCAGUUGAUAUGCUGAAUAAUAAUAUAUCAUCAGGAACAAUCCUUCUUCUAAAUAUUCUUUUGAAAAAUAGCAACUUUAACCAAAUUUAUUUUCAAUAUAGACUAAAAGAGGAUGUUGAUAAAUUAGGUUUCCAUUUACUAACACUUGCAAUUUUGAAAGCAAUAAACACUAUUCCUUAUGAUAAAUACUGUAAGUGGAUCUUAGAAACACAAUCAGUACUCGACAUUAUGUUCACAAAUUUUGAUUAUUUGCAAGAAGAACUUUGUGUUGGAGAAUUGCAGCUCUCAAGCAAUUACAACUUCGAAGAAAAAGCAGGUCCGAUCGAUCUUUAUACAGCAACUUUGGUAUCGAUUUGCAAAUUUAUUAUUUCUAUGCCUUGUGAAAAUUUCCAUAUUGUUGAAAAGAUAUUACUAAAAAAUCUUUUGAGCGGAAUUUUUUGGAAUUCCUUACUUAGUUCUGACGUUUGGUAUUGCAUAGGACGUUAUAGCUCACCGUAUUUAUGUAGUUCUCACGUGAAAUAUUUAAUGCACACAUAUGCCAUUUUGGCCGAACGUCGCAAUUCUCUUGAAGUGUGUGUUUUAAAGAAUUUAAUUAGUAGACUUUAUACUUUAUUGCCAGAAAACGAAAAGCAUUCUGUAGUAUUCGAAUUAGAUGAUAUAGAUGCAUGUUUAUGGUUACCUUUUUCACGAUUGUUACCAUACAAAACACGUAUGAUUAUAUGCGAACGCUUAGCUUUUAGUGUUACAAACAUUUCAAAUUUAAUCGACAAUUUUUUACAACAGCCUAGUGCUAGACAUUGGUUUCAAUUGACAAAAUUAAUACCAGCAGCGAGCAAAUUUUGCAAUAUAACGGAAAAAGAAAUGAUCGAUGUUAUAUCCAAAUUAUGGAAUUUUAUUACAAAUAUCAUUGAAGGAUGCGAUUAUAGAUAUUCAUUCAUAUUAUCUGAUUUUUCUAUAAAUGUACUUGAUGGUACUCAACACGACUUUUUUUAUCAAGAUUCUAUUUUAAAUGCUAUAGCUAAUUUAUCUUUGCACGCAUUACCUCAUGCAAAAAUAAAGAUAGCGUAUUAUAUAGAAGAUUUAGCUAUGACAUUUAAGAAUGCCCAACCUAAAGUGAUCAACGGGUUCGCAGAGCUAAAUUGCAGAUUGUUAGAGGAUGAAAAUCCAUGGGUGUCUCAAGAAAUGCUCGAAAGUUUCGAUCGUUUGGCACAUAUGUGUCCUAACGAAGAACUUGUGGCAAAGGUUGCAAAUGCGAUUUCCAGAAAAUUAACGAUUUGCGAUUCCGUGCCUGCAUAUUUAUCUUAUACACAAUAUUAUAAAUUGCAAGAUAUUUUAAAUGUUAAAUCUUAUUUGAUGUGUUUAAUCAAAGAAUCUAAGAACGACAAUACGAAGCAUAUAUGUGUGGUUUUCCAAGAUUCUAAGAAAGAGGUAAAAAUACCAAGGAUAGAAUCAGAGAAAAUGAAAUAUGAAAAUAUGUCGAAAGAACUGAACGAACGUGUAAAUAAGAUAUGCAAUGAGUUAGAAAGUAUUAUAAAACGAAAAAGUGAUAUCAAUGAUGCUACUUUACGAAAUUUGCGAGCUGUGCUCACAAUGCUUACUGAGUAAUUUGUUGAAAUAAGUCAUAUAUAGAUAAUCAUAUUGUAAAUACAUUACAAACAUUUAAAACCUGUGCUUUAUUAUUAGCAAUUAAAAAAUUGCAAUAUAUCAUAGCAUUUGAUAGAAUUUUAUACUACAUAUAAGAAUCUUGACUUUUCUAUUGGCUAUUUGAUGCAUAAUAAAGUUUAUAUUUUUGAUAUACAUAAUAUAUUAUUAUGGCAUUAUUUAAUACUGAAAUAAAUCUAAAUU